GGAACAUGCUUGCCAAUUCAGCCAGCGUGCGGAUCCUCAUCAAGGGAGGCAAGGUGGUGAAUGAUGACUGUACCCAUGAGGCUGACGUCUAUAUUGAGAAUGGCAUCAUCCAGCAGGUGGGCCGUGAGCUCAUGAUCCCCGGAGGGGCCAAGGUGAUCGAUGCCACUGGGAAGCUGGUGAUCCCUGGAGGCAUCGACACCAGCACCCACUUUCACCAGACCUUCAUGAAUGCCACAUGUGUGGAUGACUUUUACCAUGGCACCAAGGCAGCACUAGUUGGCGGUACCACCAUGAUCAUCGGCCAUGUCCUGCCUGACAAGGAAACCUCCCUCGUGGAUGCCUAUGAGAAGUGCCGUGGUCUGGCCGACCCCAAAGUCUGCUGUGACUAUGCCCUCCACAUGGGGAUCACCUGGUGGGCACCCAAGGUGAAAGCAGAAAUGGAGACACUGGUAAGAGAGAAGGGUGUCAACUCAUUCCAGAUGUUCAUGACCUACAAGGACUUGUAUAUGCUUCGAGACAGUGAGCUUUACCAAGUCUUAGAUGCUUGCAAGGACAUCGGGGCGAUUGCCAGAGUACACGCUGAAAAUGGAGAGCUUGUGGCCGAGGGUGCAAAGGAAGCACUGGAUUUGGGUAUCACGGGCCCAGAAGGAAUCGAGAUCAGUCGUCCAGAGGAGCUGGAAGCUGAAGCCACUCACCGUGUUAUCACCAUUGCAAACAGGACUCACUGUCCAGUUUACCUAGUCAACGUAUCCAGCAUCUCAGCCGGUGACGUUAUUGCUGCUGCUAAGAUGCAAGGGAAAGUUGUGCUGGCCGAGACCACCACUGCACACGCUACGCUGACAGGCUUGCACUACUACCACCAGGACUGGUCCCAUGCAGCCGCCUACGUCACGGUGCCUCCCCUGAGGCUGGACACCAACACUUCAACCUACCUCAUGAGCCUGCUGGCCAAUGAUACUCUGAACAUUGUAGCCUCAGAUCACCGGCCGUUCACCACAAAGCAGAAAGCGAUGGGCAAGGAGGAUUUCACCAAGAUCCCGCAUGGAGUGAGUGGCGUGCAGGACCGCAUGAGCGUCAUCUGGGAGAGAGGAGUGGUUGGAGGAAAGAUGGAUGAAAACCGUUUUGUGGCUGUUACCAGUUCCAACGCUGCUAAGAUUCUCAACCUGUAUCCUCGCAAGGGCCGCAUCAUCCCUGGAGCCGAUGCCGACGUGGUGGUGUGGGACCCAGAAGCCACAAAGACUAUCUCAGCCAGCACCCAAGUGCAGGGAGGAGACUUCAACCUGUAUGAGAACAUGCGCUGCCACGGAGUACCGCUGGUCACCAUCAGCCGGGGACGUGUCGUAUACGAGAAUGGUGUCUUCAUGUGUGCAGAGGGCACUGGCAAGUUCUGUCCCCUGAGGUCCUUCCCAGACACCGUCUACAAGAAGCUGGUCCAGAGAGAGAAGACCUUAAAGGUUAAGGGAGUGGACCGCACUCCCUACCUGGGGGAUGUAGCUGUUGUUGUGCAUCCUGGGAAAAAAGAGAUGGGAACGCCACUCGCAGACACUCCUACCCGGCCCGUUACCCGACAUGGGGGCAUGAGGGACCUUCAUGAAUCCAGCUUCAGCCUCUCUGGUUCUCAGAUCGAUGACCAUGUUCCAAAGCGAGCUUCGGCACGGAUCCUUGCUCCCCCCGGAGGCAGGUCAAGCGGCAUUUGGUAAAGGCACUGACCAGCCCCCCAAGUGAGGAUGCACCGCUGCCAUCAGCCCACACAGCCUUCGGCCGCAGCUACAGCAUCGGGAGAGGCUGGGCUGGGCUGAUCACCACCUAAGGGGGCCCACAGACCCGGGAGCCCUUCCCACGUCUGAAGUGUGAUUCACUGUGCUUGAGCCAACCCUAACAGGCACUUUGAGAUAUGCUC